CCACAGGGAGGCGUGGGGCGAGAUCGUCCUGGACACCGAGAUCUGGCUCGAGAUCGCCACAGCGGUGGCCCUGAUGGGCCUGCUCACCAGCCUCUCGUCCGUCCUCCACCACUGCACCUGCUGCGGGCGGCGGAGGAGGCAGCGCCGAACGCGGUGGCCAACCAGCAUGGCUCAAUGGGCUCGCCUCGCUAUCACGAUGGACAACCUGACGUACUUCCUGUGGUUCUGGACCGCCUUCUUCUGGGUGGGCUUCAACUACUACACGGUGUUCGCCCCGAAGAGCUACCACUUCGAGGCCAGGGGCAUGGUCGUCUUCUCCUGGGUCCUGCAGGUGCUGAGCUGGUCACUGGUGAUCACGGCAACCAGCCGGUACAGGAUGGACCAGGGCAUGGCUGCCAACGAGGUGUUCUUCCUCAGCCUCACCAACAUAUGGCGGACCACCCAGCUCUUCUACAUCACCGCGCCGCUGACGGUCUACUCCAUCCUGAUGGGCUGCAGCGACUUCUCCCGCCACCGCGUGCUGGACGUGGACAUCAGCUACUGGGUCGGCGGCGACCGCGGGGCCGUCUCCAAGUCGAUCACCCAGUGGUGGACGCUGCUCCUGAUCUUCGGCAUGAUAUUCUCGAUUUGUUUCUUCACCAAGCUUGUGCCCUAUGUGGACGCCAUUUCCCUGACGAUCGUGACGUUCAUCGCCAUGGACGUGAUGCACCCGUGCGCUUUCUUGUGGCUCGGCACGGCCAAGGAGAACUUGCCCAAGAAGCUGCCGAGCCCCUUCAAGAACGCCACGGGCGUGGUUCUCUCCAUCCUGCUGACGCUCUAUUGGAUCAUGUUCUGCCCCGCGUUCUGGCGCAAUUGCAUGAGAGCUGUGGUGUUCCACCCGCGAACGGCAGGCUUCAUCAAGUGGGUCGGCCCGGUUCAGCACGUCAUGUUCCCGAUCCUCACCAUCUUCAUCCCCGAGCUUGGCGUCAACCAGGCCCUGCUGCUGCUGGCGUCCGUCAAGUGAGGGCGCCCCAUGUCGGGCUGGAGCCUGGGAUGUGCGCGUGCGCCCUUGCAGGGGUGGAGGCCCGCGCCUCCGCUCCAAGGAGUGGCCUCGACGCCCCGCGGGGGGGGAAGGGGGCUGCACGGCGGGGCGGAGGCCCGCGUCCAGCCGCCGCACCCUGCGAGAGAGCCGACCUCCGCGCGCUGCGAAGCGAGCGCGGCGAGACGAUUUUGGGCAGCCUUCGGCUCCCGGAGGCCCUCUGCGGGCCACGGGGCCGCCAAGGACCGGCUCAGGACGGAAAGCCGGCCCGGGGGGGAGGGGCCCCCGCCUCCAGCGGCCCACGAGGCGACCAGGCGGCCCGGGGGGUCCGG